GCGGAGAAUUGUAUCAAGUAUAGUUGAACACCCGGAGAAUUGUAUCAAGUAUAGUUGACCACCCGGAGAAUUGUAUCAAGUAUAGUUAACCACAAGGGAACAGGAUCAAAGUUCAAGAAUGGAAUCCUCCCAGCGAGCUCAAGUAGAGAAGGAAUAUACAAUCCAACAUUUUGGAUUCGAUCCUAAUAUCCUAGUGGAGGAACUCACUUCUUUCAGCCUGGAUACACUAUCAUCACUUCUAGAUCAAGCGAAAGUUCAGAUAAAGACUAAGACGAGUGGAAAGUUCAAGGACGAAGAGCUGGAUAAAGGGAUCCAGGCGCUGCAGGAGAAAUACAGCGAGUACUUCGAGAGAAACCUGGAAACCCUGGGGGGAUACCUAGACAAGAAUGUAUUCAAGAUUCCUAAUCAUGUUCUCCUCCCUCAAGAUGCAGCCUGGAACGGACUCUCACUUCAGGUUGCGAAGUCCCGACUAACAGCUGUGACUAUGGAGAUGGAAAAAAUGCGUGAGAAAUAUAAAUCCUGUCUGUACAAGAAAACUUAUUUCAGAUCAUAUUUGGACAAAUUAAAACAAAUUUGUACAUCUCAAGAAGAAACAAUACAGCAAGAGGUUGAGUUGAAGGAAAAGCAUGGUUUAAUAGAAGGAGAAGAAACCGUCCUAUUCCUGGCCAGUCAAGCCUCUAAACUUCAAUCCACCCUGGCUUCCCUGAACCAGCUCGGACAGGGAACCAAGAGACCAGCUUCAGGAUCAGAGAUAUCACGGGACAAACGCCACAAGUUAGAACUGGAUUUUAAAACCAAGCUGACAUCUGUGAAGGCUGCGCAGCUCUCUUGUGCACAGUGAAAUUGUUUGGUGCAGUUCCUCAUAUUUGUGAUACUCUGAAACACGGACACUUUGUCACUUCAGUGAUAUAAUAUUUUUGUUAAUGAGCAAGGACUUUCGGCUACUGCAAUGUACAUAUCUCUUCAACUUGUAAACUACUCUGAUUAAAAUAAAACUGUAAGAUAUUAUUAUGUGAAGGUGAAAAGCACUGGAAAUUUCCCGGAACUGAUCGAACUUAGAGAGGACGGAACGUUCCAAUCCCUGAUAGAACGAAGAAGAACUGAUCGAACCAAAGGAACUCUGAAACGGAACAAAGAGAAAGGUUGGAACUGAGACGUUCUCAUUCUAAGGACUCUUGAAUAGUCCCACUCGAACGGAGACGAACUCGGAAAAACGUCCUUAGUCCUAGUGGAAACUCUGGAAUGGAAAGGAAUUCUUGAACUGAACUUGUCUAUGUCAACAUAAGUUUUCUUAUAGUAAAGGAAUUGAGUCUUUGUGACAAACUCUUAAUCCUUAUAUCUUUGCAACCUGAAGGUCUACGACAUCGUGUUGCAAAGAUGUAGGGAUUAGAAAAUUUGUGGCUUAGAUUCAAUUCCUGUUUACAGCCGAAAACCUCGGCUUAGAAAAUAAGUUUCUGUAACACUAACAAUUAAAUAUAUUAUAUUCUAAUGAAUAACAACUAUUGUUCAUACUUUCAUAAUUGCUUAUUAAAAUAAAAGUUACAUUGAAAAAAA